CUGCAGUUGCCCCUCUCUCGGUCCCCGUGCCCACUGCACCUCCCACACGCGGAGGUUCCCCCGCUCCGUGCCGGCAGCCCGGCUGUGUGCCGCUCCGCCCGAGCAAAUCGCAUUGUCAGAUGUGCCCUGAUGUCAGCACGCUAAGCCCGAGCCCCAAUCUGCUCCCGGGGAUGCUGAUCGGCUUACGGGCCAGGAGUUUGCCCGCCGCCCUGCCCGCAUCCCACACCGGCCUCUCCUCGCCGGGCCAACGAGCGGGGCGCCGGCAGCGGCAUGUCCCGGCCCGGGGGCGGCCGGGGGGCAGGCGGCGGGGUGUCCCCGCUCUGCCGCCGGGACGCCUAGGGAGAGGCGGCGGCAGGCGGCAUGGUGCUGCUGUCGGGGGCCGGGGAGCAGCUGGCCGGGGAGAGGGUCUGCCCCGCGCCGGGCGCCGGCAAGGAGCUGCCUGAGGCGGAGAGCGGCUCCGAACAGGGGGCGGAGGGGGCUGCCGCCGAGGGGCACAACGAUGAGGAGCAGGAGGAGGAGGAGGAGGAGGAGGAGGACUAUGAGGAGUAUGAGGACUUCUCCGAGCUGCCCGACACCUGCAGCAUCGCCUCGGACGACUCUUUCUACCCGCCGGGGGGCCUGGAGGACGAGACGGAGGACAGCUGGUCCCUGGAGCAGGAGGACCGCGACAGCCCCGAGGCGCUGAGCCUCUUCCGAGCGUGCUGCACUAACAACGCCGUGGUGCUGCGGGCGCUCAUCCGGCAGGGCCCCGAGGAGGAGGAGGUGCGGGAGACCGACCGCAACCGCAGGAAUGGUCUCAUCGUUGCCUGUUACCAAGGAUAUGUGGAUAUUGUCAUAGCCUUAUCGCAAUGCCCUCAUCUUGAUGUGAACUGGCAGGACAAUGAAGGGAACACAGCCCUGAUCACAGCUGCUCAGGCAGGGCACAUAACCAUUACGAACUAUUUGUUGAACUAUUUCCCUGGGCUUGACAUUGAGAAGAGGAAUGUGUUUGGAUUUACAGCACUGAUGAAAUCUGCGAUGCAGGGACGAACGGAAUGCGUGAAAGCCUUGAUGAUGGCAGGGGCAAAUGUUCACACAACAGACCCAAGCCGUGGACUGACUUCAUGGGAAUGGGCUUGUUAUACAGGAAGGUCAGAAUCUGCUUUCAUCAUGCAAAGGCUGAUGGAUAGACCAUGCCCAGAACAGCUUUGUGAGCAAUAUAAACCGGAAUGGCCAAAGAUGAAGGAACUCCUUGCCAAGGCUGCAGAACCAAAAACCUGUUUGCAGAGGAUUUCUGAGUGUGUUAGGACUGUGUGUCCAGGAAGCCCCCCUUCUGUGGGAAAACGCAGACUGGCUGUGCAAGAAAUCCUUAGGAAGCAGAGGGCUGAGGAGAUCCGAUCUCAGGACAAAGACCACGUUAGCAGCUACGAGAAAUUAUUUCAGAACUCCAAAAUCACAGUAAUCCCCAAAAAGAAGGACCGUCGAGCCAGUCUGCAGCCCGUCAGCCUUGCAGUGUCUCAAGUGAGCACCAUAGCCACCAGGAAAACAAGCCUCUUGCCGCUCCACCUGCUCAGAAGAAGUAGCGUGAGGCCAGGAUUUGUCAUCCCCAAAGUCCGUGUCAGCAAAGCUCCUCCACCCACCUUCCAGCCAGAAAAGGCAAGAAGGAGGAGCAGCGCUAAAGAUGACCCCUACUUGCAGAUUCCCAAGUGGAGAUACAAAGAGCUGAAAGAGGAGCGGAAGAAGGCGGAGGAACAGGAGAGGAAAAGAAUAGCUGAGGCUCAAAGACAGAGGCAGGUGUCUCCUGCCAGAAGCAGAACCUGAUUUACUGGCAGUUACUUGGAAGGUUUUAGAGCCAUUUUUUUUUUGUUAUCUGAGCAAGAUAACAGACUGUGUGCCGUCAUGCAUGCCUGCUGUUGACGGAGCUGGAAUACUGUAGAGCAGCCUUUAUGGUGCAGAAACAUGGCAAGGGCUAUACCACAGUGUGUCUGAUUAUAGGAGGUGAAGUUAUUUUUGGGUGGAAGACAAAGAAGUUCACCUGUUUGCUGUUGAUAGGAAGUUCAAGGCUUUGGGUUAUUUUUUAAUUUCCAGUUCCAGGUGAACAGCUGCAAAACUGCCUGAAAAACAAUCUGUGUGAAAGGAUCAUAUUUUGUUUGUUCGUUUUGUAAUGGACACAAUUAAGGAGUUGUACUUUUGACACUAGAUAUUCUUUCCCCUCCUUGUAUAGGUAGGCGUAUUACAAGGUUUUAUAGAAAUAAUGAAAUGUUUAAAAUGCAUCACAGUCUCAGUGGGCAGUGAAAAAUCUAAGUCUACUAUUUUUUUUAAUGUAUGAAGCACUUUAUGGCAUAUUAACUCUAGUAAUCAAAGAUUAGUGCAAGGUAGAUAUUGAACUGUACAGCUCUAUGUGGUCUGUGUGGAUAUGUUUCUUAAUGUUUUUGUUCUGUUGAAUAUAAAGAGGGCUGCAUAUGAAAUAUUUUUGUAGCUGAGGAACAUCAUCUACGGAUACAAAUCAGGGACAGUGACUGGUUUCUUUGGAGCAACAGAGAAGUUGAACUGAUUUUUGUAUGACACAGUCACCUCUAACAUUUGCCUCCCCCAUUGCGUUUCCCCAUAUCCGCUAUCUGUUGUCUCCUCUUUAGUCUCAGGGAUUUUUUUUGUCUUGGCAUUUAACUGUGAAAUAUGGGAGAUGGUGAACCUCAGGUGGGUUUAGAUUUGUCUUUUUCCCUUGAUAUUUAAAUUCCUGCUAAUAAAUAAAGAAAUAAGCACCAGUUUA